AAAAUUGUCAGCAAACAUUUGACUUCUGAGGACGUUUUACAAAAUGGAAGCUGUGAUUGAAGCAAACAAUAAAUUCACCAUAGACCUCCACAAAGCCCUCAGAAAUGAUCAGAACUUCACAAGCAAAAAUCUGUUUUACUCACCGAGUAGUUUGAGUAUUGCUCUGGCUAUGACUUAUAUGGGAGCGAAGGGGGAUACAGCUGGACAGAUGGCACAAGCUCUACACUGGAAAGCGAUACCUCAAGAACAACUAAACAGUGAAGAAAAACAGUAUCUUCAUGCCCUCCAAGAAACAAACGAGCAAGGCAACGAAUUGUUGGUGGCAAAUCGACUGUUUGCGCAGAAGGGCUUUAGCUUGGUGCAUGAGUUCGUUGAGGGCACGGAGAAGUAUUACAAAGCCGAAAUAGCCAUGGUAGACUACCAGAAGGAUGCUGAAGGCGCAAGGAAAGAGGUGAACGGGUGGGUUGAAGAGAAGACGAAGCAAAAGAUUAAGAAUUUAAUUCCCGAGGGAGUGUUUAACUCGCGUACAAGACUGACUUUGGUGAAUGCAAUUUACUUCCAGGGUUUUUGGCAAAAUCAGUUUGAAACAGGGAGAACGUGUCCCCAGCAAUUCUUUGUCUCCAAAGAUGAAAAAGUGGACGUCCAAAUGAUGCACUUAACAGAGAAAUUCAAGCAUAUUAAAGACGGUGGGGGGCUGGCCUGUCAAGUGCUUGAGUUGCCGUACCAAGGAAAGGAUCUUUCCAUGUUAAUUUUUCUACCCCAUGACCUCAAUGGGCUGGCCAAGUUAGAAGAGAGUCUCACCCAUGAAAAAUUACAGGAGGCUUUUAAAUUUGUCUCACAGUCGCAACCUCAGAAAGUGGAGGUAUCCCUGCCAAGAUUUAAACUGACCCAGCAGUUCCUUCUAAAUGAGAUUCUAGCCGGAAUGGGAGUCACAGAUAUGUUCAAUGAAUUUAAAGCUGAUUUUUCAGGCAUCACGCCAGGGCCAGAGAAGCCAGUCUAUGUGUCUCAUGUUAUUCAUAAGGCAUUUGUGGAAGUUGAUGAGAAAGGCACUGAGGCUGCUGCUGCAACAGGUGUGGCUAUGUUGGCCCGCAAGUCAGCGAUGAAAAUUCCCAUUCCCAUCUUCUGUGUUGAUCACCCAUUUUUGUUUAUGAUUUGCCACAAGAAGUCAAAUGCAAUUUUGUUCAUGGGUUGCAUGUUGAAGCCACCAUCAAGCACUUAGUUAAGCAAUCCAUGGCAAAGCAAAGAAGUAGUAAUAACACAGCCACUUGCACCGGAUUUAUUUAAGAGUGACUAUGUCAGAUCCAUGAGACUAGGGUUGCUCUACAUCUCUCAUCAAACAAUUCUCUGUUAUUUUGAUUUAUACCUUUUUUAUGCCUCUUUUCUGGUGGCUCCAGACAAUUUCCAGGGAUUUUUUCUUACCAAGGAACUGGUGUCUAUUUUGUGCCUUACUAAAUCAUGUGACUGGUUGAAAUCACUGUACCCACACCCUGUCCCCGUUGGAUGCACUUCUAUUCGGUAAUUACUACUAUAGGUUAUGAGUUGGUGUAUUAAAUUCCAAAAGUAACAGCAUUAAACUGCUGGCAAUAACAGCUCUUUGUGCUCACAACUUUUGCAGGUUGUUUAAUUUUGGUCUUAACACUCCAUGCUAUAGUGUACCAAAGUUUAUUUGAACACCUGCUGCAUAAAUGUGUCAGUCAUACUAGCUUAAUUUAUAGGGCAAGCAUGUUACCCAGCUCUCCUUGCUGUGGGAGUAUUUAUUCAGUCAUGACGUCAUUUGCUAGUCAGUGUAGUUGUUAAAUAUGACUCAAUAAACUUGUUGCCA